GGAAAUAAUGAACCAGAUAACAAUGAAGACUGUGCUGUGAUCGGCUACCAUGACCACUACAUCAGAAAGGUUCAUAGCAGACCUUGUGAAAGAAAACAGUUCUUCGCAUGUCAAAGGAACAGCACCCCAGGCUUCCAUUUCAUAAUGAUGGCGAAGAGUUGGUCUGAGGCGGACACGUACUGCACGGAUCACCAUAACGGUUUGGCAAGUUUUGAAUGGUACAACAUGAGUUAUUUCAGUCAGCAGGACAUUCCCACCUGGAUCGGACUUCACAGAAAUGGUGGAUCCUGGAAAUGGAGCUCAGGCCUCGAGGAGGACAAACAAUGGAAUUUAGCUGAGCCAAAUAAUGACAAAAACUGUGUAGCUAUAACUUCAUUGACCAAGCGGCUCACUACCCAAAACUGCCAGACCCUGCUUCCGUUCCUCUGCAUGAAGGACAACCUGGUCCUGGUAAAGGAAAAUAGCAGCUGGGAGGAGGCAUUUGAACACUGCCGGAGUCUCGGAUCGUCCUCCAACAGCGGGCUUCACUUCAAUCUGCUCAGCGUGCAGCCUGGAGAUGAACACACCUACGUGAAAAACAAAGUCAUGGAGGCUGACACUGAAGAGGUGUGGACUGGACUGCGCUACCUGGGUGAUGAAUGGCUGUGGGUGAAUGGAGCUGAUAUGUUGUACACUGACCUGCCACAAUGCCCCAUCUUGUGGCAGCGCUGUGGUGCCUUAUCCAAGAACGAUACCGGCACCAUGGAGGCCAGAGACUGCUCAGAGAGAAAAAACUUUCUCUGUUAUAGUUACAAAAUUUAACAUCAGCAAGAUCACAGAAAAGCCUGAGCAAGUCUGCUUCUACCAACCAGCUGAAAAGUUCACAACCUGCCACUCUUUUGAAGCUCUAGAUUUAUUUUAAAAACAUUGCAUUUAGAAUAUUGCAUUUACAGUUAUCAGUAAGAGAAACCCACACAUUAUAUUCAUUAAUAAGUAUUUUACAUGUGUUUUUGAUUACUUAACACUUUGUUAGAAAGUUGAAGAUCCCUAUCAAGGUCAGAGUGAAUGAUUGAAAGGAAUUUCAUGAUAGAAAUCCAAGGAGUUUCAUUAAUGUAGAUUAAAGAAAAUCUAAAUACUGAUGGUGUUUGUACAUGUGCUAAAAAUCCUUAUAAAUUAGCCUUUUUGUAUUUCAAUGUGGUCUUUUCAAAGUUUAAA